UUCGGUAAGUUUGUCGUCUGUUGGUUACGGAUUUGGCAGCCGCGUGGCCGGCAUAUGGCCGGUUUCUGUUUCAGUAGUUUCAGUCGUCGGUCCCACCGACGGGACCUACACCCUACCUACCACGACUUCCUUGUUCAACUCCGCCCUGAAACGCUGCAUUGGCACGCUCUGGUUGUGCAGAGCCUAUAACGCACGUUUUGCGGCGGCGCGAUGUUCGUCAUCAGCGAGAUGUCGGACAGCAUUCGCGUCCCGCCGUGGCUCUUCCGCGUGAGCCCCAACGAAGCCAUCGUGGAGCAGCUGAACCGUCGUCUGGCCAACAAGGUGGUCAUCAACGUGGGCCUGUGUAUCGCGCUCUUCGACAUCACUAAAAUCGAGGACUCCCGGAUUCUGCCGGGCGACGGGUCCUUUCACACAACCGUGCAAUUCCGAUACGUCGUCUUCCGGCCCUUCAUGGACGAGGUCCUGGUGGGCAAGAUUCGCAGCAGCAGCCAGGAGGGAAUCUACGUGUCCAUGGGCUUCUUCGACGACAUCCACAUCACUCCUGAUGGAAUGCAGCACCCAGCUCGCUUCGACGAAGCCGAACAGCUCUGGGUGUGGCAGUACGAAGGCGAGGAUGGUGUGCACGAGAUGUUCAUGGACCUUGGUGAACCAAUACGCUUUAGGGUGGUCGGCGAGUUGUUCGUGGACACCACACCUGGAGGUCCCGAUACGACCGAGCUGCCAGAUGGCGAAGAGCGCCACGUGCCUUACUCUCUGACGGCCUCCAUCAGCGAGUCCGGCCUGGGCCUGCUCAAGUGGUGGACGUAGGGAAGCCAGCCGGCAGCAUAGCACUUUAUUUUACUUAUUUUUUUUCUUCUUUUCUUCAAUCACACGGGGAAGACUUGCUUUGCCGGGCAGGGCGGGGCUACUUCAUCUUCUUCUGUGCGAGGAGCGAAGACAAGAAAAAAAAAGAAAAACAAGGCAUUAUCAUCGUCAUCUGUACAUAAGGGCGCGUGCGCCUGGCGCACGGACGCAGACAACACAGACACGGACACGCACAUCAUACAAGCUGCACGGUGGCUGCCGCAGCUCUGCGGCGUGGCGUAGGCAGCACGCUUUUCCUUCUUCAUCGUCAAGAUCACCAUCGACGACGGGAAAUGGCAGCCGGACAUGCACGCAAAAUACAAUGAACUAUUACAACAUCUCGUC